AUGAACACCACACGCUUUGCAUUCUCCUUCCAGCCCCUGCUGCUGAACACCACCGAGGACUUCAACGACUCCGUCCCCACCAACCGCAGCGGCGACGGGUUCUGCGAGCAGGUCUUCAUCAAAGCCGAGGUCUUCUUGACUCUGGGGAUCAUCAGCCUGCUGGAGAACAUCCUUGUCAUCCUGGCAGUGCUGAAGAACGGGAACCUGCACUCUCCCAUGUAUUUCUUCCUCUGCAGCCUGGCCGUGGCAGAUAUGCUGGUGAGCAUGUCCAACGCCCUGGAGACCGUCAUGAUCGCCAUCCUCAGCAACGGCUACCUGGUCAUCGACGACCACUUCAUCCAGCACAUGGACAAUGUGUUUGACUCCAUGAUUUGUAUUUCUCUGGUAGCCUCCAUUUGCAACCUCUUGGUCAUAGCCAUCGACAGGUACAUCACUAUUUUCUAUGCCCUCCGUUACCACAGCAUCAUGACGGUGAAGAAAGCCCUGACCCUCAUUGUGCUCAUUUGGGUGGCGUGCAUCAUCUGUGGCAUCAUUUUCAUUGCCUACUCGGAGAGCAAAACUGUCAUUGUGUGUCUCAUCACCAUGUUCUUCACCAUGCUGCUGCUGAUGGCCUCUCUGUACGUGCACAUGUUCCUGUUUGCCCGCCUGCACGUCAAGCGCAUCGCGGCGCUGCCCGUCGAGGGCGUGCCGCCCCAGCGCACCUGCAUGAAGGGCGCCGUCACCAUCACCAUCCUCCUGGGGGUCUUCAUCGUCUGCUGGGCGCCUUUCUUCCUCCACCUCAUCCUCAUCAUCUCCUGCCCCAUGAACCCCUACUGCAUCUGCUACACGGCGCACUUCAACACCUACCUGGUGCUGAUCAUGUGCAACUCGGUCAUUGACCCGCUCAUUUACGCCUUCAGGAGCCUGGAGAUGAGGAAGACUUUCAAAGAAAUUGUGUGUUGCUGCUAUGGCAUGAGUGUGGGACAGUGCAUGCUGUAAAACACCUGGUUUUGGGUGGAAAAAACACGCCAUAGGUGUAUAUAAAUAUAAAUAUAUUUAUGUUUAUGUUGAGAUGCAGAGCAGCUCACUUUAAACGCAGUGCCUGAAGGAAGGGUGCAGGAAAGACAAAAGCCUCCUACGUGAUGCCUUGUUUCCUACUUUUUAGAGAGAAAACCAGUUUCAGCUGAAUUAUUUGAAGUUUUUUAAAUGGUUAUAAUGGAAGGAAAUCCAGAGUGGCUUACAAAACAGCUUCAAAAACUUACUGGGAGAAAGGAAUCCUGAAAGGGAAUGCCACUUUCUAGAGACUGAGAUAACAUUCCCUCUAGCAUUCAUCUGUGCCUGUUGCUUUAUCUCAGUGCCACUGCCAACAAGUCAGUGCUUUCUAAAAGAGUCCAUUAGUAACCUCUGUGAAAAGCUAUUUUCCCAAACACCAACAGGUAACAGCAUUGUUCUA